CCCUCCCUGUGCGCGCGCCGCCCCAGCAUGCCACGGGAGCGCGGGCGGUGGGCCCCUUGGUGCCCAGGCGGCCGUGGCGGCGGUGGCGGCGGUUGGGCCGAGGGAGACGGCCUCAGUGGCCGAGGUGGCUGGACGCGUAGCAGGUGGAAGGAGGGAGGGAGCCGCAGGCGCAGACCCACCCGCCAUGAAGCCCCCCGCAGGUGUCCUGCCAAGACCGGGGAAGGAGGCGUCCCGGGAGGAGAGAACGUGUUUGGAGAGCAGAAAGUCAGUUUGGCUGGAAGCCUGUGCAGGAGACGUGGCGGACGCAGCAUCUCCGUGUUCUGUGCUAAACGACCUGCGAUGGGACCUGAGCGCCCAGCAGAUAGAGGAGCGCACCAGGGAGCUCAUUGAGCAGACCAAACGCGUGUACGACCAGGUCGGCACCCAGGAGUUUGAGGACGUGUCCUACGAGAGCACGCUCAAGGCGCUGGCCGAUGUGGAGGUCACCUACACAGUUCAGAGGAAUAUCCUUGACUUCCCCCAGCACGUUUCCCCCUCCAAGGACAUUCGGACGGCCAGCACGGAGGCCGACAAGAAGCUCUCUGAGUUCGACGUGGAGAUGAGCAUGAGGGAGGACGUGUACCAGAGGAUCGUGUGGCUCCAGGAGAAAGUUCAGAAAGACUCACUGAGGCCCGAGGCUGCGCGGUACCUGGAGCGGCUAAUCAAGCUGGGCCGGAGAAACGGGCUUCAUCUCCCCAGAGAGACUCAGGAAAACAUCAAAAGCAUCAAGAAGAAGCUGAGCCUGCUGUGCAUCGACUUCAACAAGAACCUGAAUGAGGACACGACCUUCCUGCCCUUCAUGCUCGAGGAGCUAGGAGGGCUCCCCGAGGACUUUCUGAACUCCCUGGAGAAGACGGAGGACGGCAAGUUGAAGGUCACCCUCAAGUACCCCCAUUACUUUCCCCUCCUGAAGAAAUGCCACGUGCCUGAGACCAGGAGGAAAGUGGAGGAGGCCUUCAACUGCCGGUGCAAGGAGGAGAACUGCGCUAUCCUCAAGGAGCUGGUGACGCUGCGGGCCCAGAAGUCCCGCCUGCUGGGGUUCCACACGCACGCCGACUAUGUCCUGGAGAUGAACAUGGCCAAGACCAGCCAGACCGUGGCCACCUUCCUAGAUGAGCUGGCACAGAAGCUGAAGCCCCUGGGGGAGCAGGAGCGUGCGGUGAUUCUGGAGCUGAAGCGUGCGGAGUGCGAGCGCCGGGGCCUGACCUUCGAUGGCUGCAUCCAUGCCUGGGACAUGCGCUACUACAUGAACCAGGUGGAGGAGACGCGCUACCGCGUGGACCAGAACCUGCUCAAGGAGUACUUCCCCGUGCAGGUGGUCACACACGGGCUGCUGGGCAUCUACCAGGAGCUCCUGGGGCUGGCCUUCCACCACGAGGAGGGCGUCAGUGCCUGGCAUGAAGACGUGCGGCUCUACACCGCGAGGGACGCGGCCUCGGGGGAGGUGGUCGGCAAGUUCUACCUGGACCUGUACCCGCGGGAAGGAAAGUACGGGCACGCAGCCUGCUUUGGCCUGCAGCCCGGCUGUCUGCGGCAGGACGGGAGCCGCCAGAUCGCCAUCGCGGCCAUGGUGGCCAACUUCACCAAGCCCACGGCCGACGCACCCUCGCUGCUGCAGCAUGACGAGGUGGAGACCUACUUCCACGAGUUUGGCCACGUGAUGCACCAGCUCUGCUCCCAGGCGGAGUUCGCCAUGUUCAGCGGGACCCAUGUGGAGCGGGACUUUGUGGAGGCGCCGUCACAGAUGCUGGAGAACUGGGUGUGGGAGAAGGAGCCGCUGCUGCGGAUGUCGCAGCACUACCGCACAGGCAGCGCGGUGCCCCAGGAGCUCCUGGAGAAGCUCAUUGAGUCCCGGCAGGCCAACACAGGCCUCUUCAACCUGCGCCAGAUCGUCCUCGCCAAGGUGGACCAGGCCCUGCACACGCAGACGGACGCAGACCCCGCCGAGGAGUAUGCGCGGCUCUGCCAGGAGAUCCUCGGGGUCCCAGCCACGCCAGGAACCAACAUGCCUGCAACCUUCGGCCACCUGGCAGGUGGCUACGACGCCCAGUACUACGGGUACCUGUGGAGCGAGGUGUAUUCCAUGGACAUGUUCCACACGCGCUUCAAGCAGGAGGGCAUCCUGAACAGCAAGGUCGGCAUGGAUUACAGAAGCUGCAUUCUGAGACCUGGCGGUUCCGAGGAUGCCAGCGUCAUGCUGAAGCGCUUCCUGGGCCGUGACCCCAAGCAGGAUGCCUUCCUCCUGAGCAAGGGGCUGCAGGUCGGGGGCUGUGAGCCUGAGCCACAGGUCUGCUGAGGCCCGGCACUGCGACUGCCCAAUCUGGCCUGCGCUCCCGCCGCCCUGGUGCCUUAGCCCCCGGCCCAGGAUGGGGCAGGCUCUGGCACAGUGCCUGGGACUGGCAGGGUGGCUGAGCGGCUGUCUUGCCUCUUGUCAUUGUCUGUCCCCACCCGGUGGUGGCCCACCCGGCUAGAGACGGUGUCCUCAAGGCAUCUGGAGGGCUUUCAUGGCUGCCGGGGCCUGGUCUUUGUUGCACUAACACGUCUCCUCCCUGGGAAACGUCCCUUGUCAGGAGAUGGCUCUUCUUUGAAAUGAGGUCAUUAAAAGGAAACAGAAAAA